AUGCUGCUUGAUCUCAUUAGCUUAGACUUUACGGUUCCGCACCAUGCAGUAUCAGAUACUGGUCCUACGACAUGGAUGGCUUUAGCUGCCAGCCACCAACCUGGCAUAUGGGACCCGAGUCUUGAAAAGUAUUUGGAAAUGAUGCGAAAUAGUGACGAUCCCAAUCCCCGUCUCACUGAGACUGACACAACACAGUCAACAGUCUCCAUAGCGGCAACACGCGCGUUCAAAUAUGGCAUAAUUUAUAAUGACACGGAUAUCGACCGACAGCCCUACGUGGCUGCGCGUGGAAACUCAAAUACGGGCCCGACUCAAUAA